AUGGCAGAGACUAACACAAAGCCUUUGGGAUCCGCCAACCUAAAACCUCUCUGUGGUUUCACAUUCAACAAGGACCCUACAAAAGGAGUGAAAUCCAAAGCCAGCAAGACAUCAUCAGCCCUCCUUGCAGACGUCGACUUCGAGCGUAAGAAUACACCUCAACCACGCCUACCACCCAACCAUAAAAUCCAAAAACGACCCAUCACUCACCCACCAAUAGCCGCCCCCUACGCUGGGCCAGAUGUCCAGAAGGUGGUCUAUGUCUCAAAGCAUACACCAAUCAUGGCCGCAGUGAAGCGAGUCAGAAAACUCUUAGACCAGGCCGAGAAGAGGAACUUGCAGAGAAAAGGUGUUCUGGGAACUGGCAAGCGAACAGGAAACAUAGCUGCGGCAGCACAGACCAAAAGCCGGAUAAAGCAAGAAGAGGUUCUCGUCAAAGGCUCUGGCCGGGCGAUUGAACAAGCUGCAAAGGUAGGAGAGUGGUUCAUGAGGCAUGCUGAGGAUGGAGGGUGGCUGGUCGACGUUCGGGCAGGCAGUGUGAAAGUCAUCGAUGAUAUUGUGGAAGACUCAUCAUCAAAGGUAGAAAAGGUGCAGACGGUGUGCGAUGAGGACGAAAACACCUCUCAAUUUGAAACCCUACGUAACCCUGCUGAGAAGGACCAUGUCCAUGCGCCCAAAGAGAACGGGGACCAUAAGCUUGGAAAUGGAGACAAUCCUUCGGAGGGCGAUGAGCACGCAUCUCAUGUGGUGGAAACAGCACCAAAGCAGAAGGCACCAAGACACAAGAAACGAAAGCGUUCUAUGUAUGAUGCUGAUGAUGUUCCUGAGGCGCGAACCAGAUUCAUUCAUGCUGUUGAAAUCGCAGUGUCUCUCAAAGGCUGA